AUGUCUGAUUUACUUGACAAACUUCGAAGAAGAAAUCUUAAAGUCAGAGAACUACAGAACAAGUAUGAACUUGGCCUGCAUCCAUUCCUAAAGCCUGAGAAUGCAAUGAUAUAUAACCCUGGGUCUGAAGGCAAAGAGCCCAUAAAGAUCCAAUACGGAGAUUCACAGCAGUCUGCAAACACGGGAUCUUUGAGUGCAAGUGACGGAGUUAGUAAGUCAGGUGGAGACGAAGACGCCAAAACAGAGACUUCACACAAGAAGAAAUACUUCGACGACUUCGAGUACAACGACGUCCUUGACGACCUGUACUGCAAGCCUUUUAUGGACGACGAAGACUGGAUCAGCAGCGACGAAGAAAACGACGAAGAAAGAAAGAACCGGUCUGACAAAUACAGAGCCAGCAAUCUUGCUUCUGAAGAUGCUAAGGGACUCUCAGACACAUCUCCAAACAAGUCUGGUGAAGACUCCAGCUCUGAAGAGGAAGAAGCCAAAUCUGUGAAUCCAGAGAAAGUCAACUGGUUCAAGUUUAUAUUCAGCAAACAUGUCAAAGAAGACGAUCCUGCCUACGAGACUUUGAACUCUUCAGUCGUCACUCAAACUAUUUUGUCAUUGCUGAUAUCUGACAAAACUGACGAGCAGAUCCAGGAAGGUCUCUUUGAAAAUUUAGGCUUCGAGAAAAUAGAUAUGAUAACUGAAUUCAUCAGCAAAAGACAAUUCAUCAAAGAAUAUUGCGAAGUGCUUUCCAAACAAAUCAACAAAGAAAAGAGGAACCAAGGUUCUGGGUACAACCCUCACCAGUUCUCGACCGGAGUCACAGUCAGCUAUGGAAACAAAAAGAACAAGAAAGGCAACAGAAACAAGAAAGCUAAGCAAGGAGCCAAAGGCCAGGUCUCCAACCAUGAACUCCUGAGCAAGCUUGGCUUCUCAGCUGAGUUUAUCGAAGAAAACUACAAGCUUGGACUUAAAGAGCGAAACCAGAAUGCAAUUGGCUAUGUAGACACUCCAGAGCCUCCAAGAAGAAGAGCCCAAGUAUUCACAGCUCACGAGGACGGAAGAAAAAUGGGCUACAAGCGAGACCAGUUUGAUGAACCUGACUGGACAGAAAUUCAUUUGACUCCUCCAGCACGCUCCGAAGCAAGAGACAGCCACGAGAAGAUUCAGAUUUCGGAACUUCCAAAGUGGGCUCAACAAGCUUUCUCAUCGACGACUCAACUCAACACCAUCCAGAGUAUCGUCUUCGACUGUGCGUUCAACUCGUCCAAAAACGUCUUGGUGGCUGCUCCGACGGGAGCAGGUAAGACCAACAUUGCUCUGCUGACCAUCCUCAGAGAAGUCAAGAAGUACAUCAACACAGUUGGGCCUGAACCCAAGAAGAUCGACAUGACUGACCACCCGAUGAAGAUUGUGUACUUAGCUCCUUUGAAAGCGCUUGCAGCUGAAAUUGUAGACAAGUUCACGAAAGCUCUGAGUUACCUCAAGAUCAAAGUCAGAGAAAUGACUGGAGACAUCAGUCUAACCAAGGCUGAAAUGAAGGAAACGCAUAUCAUCGUUUCGACACCCGAGAAGUGGGAUGUGGUCACCAGGAAAAGCGAGAACGUCAUGAACGAAGUCAACCUCAUGAUUAUCGAUGAGAUCCAUCUUCUGAAUGAUGAAAGAGGAACUGUCUUAGAAUGUCUUGUGUCAAGAGCUCUUACCACUUUGAUAAGGAACCAGAAGGUCAUCAGGAUUCUCGGGCUCUCUGCUACUUUGCCAAACUACAUAGAUGUUGCUGACUUCAUCGCUGCUAGAGAAGAUAGCACAUUCUAUUUCGAUCCUUCUUACAGGCCAACUCCAUUGAGGUGAAGAUUUUACGGAGUUAAAGACUACGGCUCGAUCAAGCGAGCAGAAAACGUGAUGAAUGAUAUCACUUACCAGAACAUUGUCAGAUGCUUGAAAAUGGGAAAGCAAGUUCUUGUGUUUGUUCACAAGCGUAAUGCAACCUCUUCAACAGCUCAGGACCUGAUUGAAAUUCUCAGAACCACUCCAAAAGACAAGCACCUCUUUGACUGUGAGAAUGCACACAAAAUGUACAGAAAAGUGGAGUCCUCAAAGAACAAUCAGCUCAAAGAACUGUUUCCUUACGGCUUCGGAAUCCAUCAUGCAGGUAUGCAACGGGAAGAAAGAAACCUCUCAGAAAAACUGUUUGCAGGUGGACACAUCAAGGUCCUGUGCACCACUGCUACGCUUGCUUGGGGAGUCAAUCUUCCUGCCUACUGCACCAUCAUCAAGGGCACUCAGAUUUAUGACAACAACGCAGGAGAGUUCAAAGACAUUGGAAUCUUCGACGUCCAGCAGAUCUUCGGUAGAGCUGGAAGGCCUCAAUUCGAUGUUGAGGGUGAAGGAAUCAUCUGCACAACCUCCACCAUGGUCGACCACUACGUCCAAAUGAUGUCAAACGAACAAGACAUCGAAAGCCACCUCGAAGCAAGGCUUGACGACUGACUCAACGCUGAAAUUGCAAUUGGAACUGUCACUAACAUCACCGAAGCCAUCCAGUGGCUCAAGCUGACUUACUUCUGGAUCAGGCUGCAGAAGAACCCUAGGAACUACGGAGUUGACAUGAAACAGCUUGCUGAUGACCCAACACUGAACUCUUACUUGUUCGACUUGGUGAAUCAGACUUCGAGAAGACUCAAUAGCUACAAACUCAUUAAGUAUUUUGACAAACACGACAUGCUGAGCACAACUGACAUGGGCAGAAUUGCCAGUGGCUUCUACGUGAACGCUAAAACCAUGGACUACUUCAUCAAGAACAUCACUCUGCACACUCCUGAAGAACAACUUCUUGUGCACAUGGCUCACUCUGAAGAGUUUGAGCAGAUCAGAGGCAGGCCUGAAGAGGAGGAAGAACUCAGUAUUCUCUUUGAAAGCUGCUCCAUGGCUGACAUCAGCAAGGACGAAAUCCUGACAAACUACGGUAAAACACUGAUUCUCCUCGAAAGCUACUUGCGAGGAAUAAAAGUGGAUAUUGCAGAUUUGGGCUACAUUGUCCAGAAUUCAGCCAGAGUAAUGAGAGCUCUAUUUGAUUUCUGUCAGAAGAAGAACUUUGCAAAACUCACAAGAGAAUGUCUAAAAUGGUGCAAGCUCAUUGACAGAAGAAUGUCUCCAGAAGCACACCCAUUGAGACAAUUCACAUACAGCUGCAAUGUUGGAAAAUUGACAAUGGCAGGAGGAAAGGGAAUUACUUCAGGACUCAUGCCAGCAUCAAUUGUGAAUGACCUUGAAAGAGCACGUAUCUCUCUCGACUCUAUUUUCAAAGGUGAAGAUGAUGAGCUUAUUAAAUAUCAUAUCGGAGGUGCCUUCCUUGACUCUCUGUACAGUUUCGUCAAGCACAUUCCUCAGAUUGAUAUUCAGAUAGAAACAAAGACCUUGACUAGGUCGAUUCUGGAAGUGCAUCUGACGCUGUUCCCAAAGUUCAUUUGGAGCAAGAAAUGGAACGGCAGGAGCGAACCAUUCUGGAUCAUCAUUUCGAACGGUGAAGAAAUCUUGACUAGUCAACUCAUCGACAUUGCAGGAGCUGCUAGGUUCGAUGGAACCAAAGGUAUUGUGUCAACCUUCUUUGUUCCAUACGAAAUUGAUGACUCAGAAGAUAGAGCCAGUUCAUCCACAUACUACGAAAUCGACGUUGUCUCAGACAGAUGGAUUGGAGUAGACUUUUAUAAAAGUAUUUAUCUGGAAGAUAUUGAAAUUCCAGAGAAAGACUACCCGCACACAAAGUUGCUUCCACUGAAACCACUUCCGCUGUCAGCUUUACAGAACCCUGCAUAUGAAAGACUUUACAGCAGCAAGUUCCAGUUCUUCAACCCUGUGCAAACCCAGGUGUUCCACAACCUGUACCACAAUGACAUGAAUGUGUUGAUUGGAGCUCCAACUUCUUCAGGUAAGACAAUCAUGUCUGAGCUUGCCAUUCUCAGAGUCUUCAACGAAAGGCCAGACGGAAAGAUCAUCUAUGUGGCGCCGAUGAAGGCUCUAGCCAAAGAGCGAAUUGUCGACUGGAAGAGAAAGUUCCAAGAAGGAGAACUCAAGAAAACAGUAGUUGAACUCACUGGUGACUUCACCCCAGAUAUUGAAACCCUCAAGAAAGCCGACCUCAUCAUUACGACUCCAGAGAAGUGGGAUGGAAUCAGCAGAAACUGGCAGCAUAGAGACUAUGUUAGACAAGUCGCUUUGGUCAUUCUCGACGAAAUCCAUCUUCUCGGACAAGAAAGAGGCCCUGUCAUUGAAGUCAUUGUGUCACGCUUCAGAUACAUUAUUGCUCAGACGAAGCUCAACGUCAGAAUCGUCGGGCUUUCAACAGCUCUGGCCAAUGCCAAGGAUGUUGCUGACUGGCUCGGAAUCAGCAAGUUCGGACUAUACAACUUCAAGCCUUCAGUGAGACCUGUACCGAUAGAUGUUUACAUUGACGGAUUCCCUGAGAAACACUACUGUCCAAGAAUGUCUACAAUGAACAAGCCUACAUACAAAGCAAUCAUGACUCAUGCAAGAGAACACCCCACUCUGAUCUUUGUAUCUUCGCGGAGACAGACCAGACUGACUGCGCUUGACCUGAUUGCACUGAUCUCUGGCUCUCAGCUUUCAGGAGACACUUCAUACAAAGCCUGCGACCUCAGCAACGAAGAAGUAGAAGCCUACCAAUGAGAGAUUGAUGAUGAAAACUUGAAGAACACCAUCCAGUUCGGAAUUGGAAUGCAUCAUGCCGGACUCACCGAGAACGACAGGAAGAUUGUGGAGCAUUUGUUUGUCAACAAGCGCAUCAAUAUUCUUGUGACCACAAGUACUCUUGCUUGGGGAGUCAACUUCCCUGCCAGACUGGUCGUUAUCAAAGGCACAGAGUACUUCGACGCCAAAGUCAAGCGGUACGUCGAUAUUCCAGUGAGCGAUAUUCUUCAGAUGAUGGGUAGAGCCGGAAGGCCUCAGUUUGAUGACAAAGGAAUCGCAUGCAUUUUUGUUGCUGAAGAGAAAAAGAAUUUCUACAAAAAGUUUUUGUAUGAACCAUUUCCAGUUGAGUCUAGUCUUCCAGAACAACUAGUUGAACAUCUAAACGCUGAAAUUGCUGCUGGAACAUUGAACAGCAUCAAAGACUGCUUGGACUACAUGACAUGGACUUACUUCUUUAGAAGACUUACAAAGAAUCCUUCUUUCUACAACCUUGACAGUCAAAAUGCUGCUGGCAUGCUUAACGACUAUCUGAUGGAUCUUAUCAAAGGCUGUCUGACCAAACUUGAAAAGGCCAAGUGUAUCGAGUUCAAUGAAGACGACGGAACCAUCAUUUCAACAAGCUAUGGAUACAUGUGUUCGUUCUACUAUAUUUUCCAUGAAACCAUCUGCAGACUCAGCACCGACAUCAAAGCAGGAAUGAAGAAUCCAGGCCAGUUCAUUUCGAUGCUCACUGAAAACAAAGAGUUUGCAGGACUUCCAGUCAGGCACAACGAAGAUGUACUCAACGAAGCUCUUGCAGUGAUGUGUCCGAUCAAAGUUCAUACAAAAGAUUACGGCUGUCCCCAUGUAAAAUCGAAUUUGCUGUUGCAAGCCCACUUUUCAAGAGUCCCGCUACCAAUCACUGAUUACAUCACCGACACCAAGAGUGUUCUCGAUCAGGCUGUGAGAGUUGUCCAGUGCAUGAUUGAUGUUUCUGCACACAAAGGAUACCUUGACACGACCCUGAACUUGCUUUCGUUCCAGCAAAUGAUAAUUCAGGGUUCUUGGCACAAUGACAGCGCCUUGAAAAAUGUACCGUUCUUUAGUGACAAGAUUAUUCAGAGGUGUGCAGAAAGAGGCAUAUUCCAUCUCUGUCAGCUUCAGACAAAGCUAAAGAACCUUUCUCAUUUCUUGAACAAAGAAAUCAAAGCAGGGCUUUCUGAAGAAGAACUCAAAAUGAUUUACAGUGCCCUUGCUAGAGUUCCCAUUGUCAACUUAAACUAUUACAUACAGAAUGUAAACUCGAUGGGAGACCCUACAGACGGAGCCCUUGAUGAAGGAAGUGAAGCCAUCAUGACAGUCAGUCUUGAACGGAAGCAAGCUAAGACUAGUAAAGCAGUUGUGAUCAAGUCUUUCCCGAAACCUAAAGAUGCUGGCUGGUUUAUUCUUGUAGGAAACCCAAUCGAGAACGAGUUACUUGCCUUGAAGAGAACUCCACUCAAUAAGUUUGCAAAGAGAGAACUCCAGUUGCUCCUUCCAGAUGACUUCAAAGACCAAAAACUGAAGCUGUACCUCAUCAGUGAUGCAUACAUUGGAAUCGACCAGACUAUCGAGAUAGACCUUAGAAAAGUAAGCGUCAUUCUCGAACAAAUUGCGAGUGGGCAGGUUUCUGCAAACAAACUCAAAGACCAGAAGCACCUCGUCAAAGAUGUUGAGAUUGACAGUGACGAAGAGCAUGAGAGAAAUGAACUAUCAGACUCCGAUUAUGAUGAAGAAUACUCGGAAAGAGCUUCUGACAUUUCAGAUGAUCUCAUAGAAGAACUCUAAGUUAGAAUCAGUAUCCAAUGCAAUCUUA